AUGUCUGGACGUGGCAAAGGAGGUAAAGGACUCGGAAAAGGAGGCGCCAAGCGUCAUCGCAAGGUUCUCCGUGACAACAUCCAGGGAAUCACCAAGCCCGCUAUUCGCCGCCUGGCUCGCCGUGGUGGCGUGAAGCGAAUCUCUGGUCUGAUCUACGAGGAGACUCGUGGUGUGCUGAAGGUUUUCCUGGAGAACGUGAUCCGUGAUGCCGUCACCUACACCGAGCACGCCAAGAGAAAGACCGUCACCGCCAUGGAUGUGGUCUACGCUCUGAAACGCCAGGGUCGUACUCUGUACGGUUUCGGCGGUUAAAGAUCGGUCUCCAUCAAUCGACACAAAGGCUCUUUUAAGAGCCACCCAAUUAUCUAUGAAAGUAUUAUGUUCCAGUGUUUAACUACUCACUCUUGUUAAUGAGUACUUCUCCAUUGUCUACCAAAAUCAAGAGUUCAGUUUCCGCACUGCAAUUCAUUCUUUUCCCCAAAGAUCUUGUAUCUAGUGGAUGGUGCGAGACUGGUUUCAUACCCAUACAAUUGGUAACAUACAACCAUUUGCACUAAUAUGCAAAAUUACAUCUAAAAUGAAGCAGAGAAGCAAUCAUGAUCGGAAGGUAGCCUAUCUGAUCUAGCUAGAUAUCUAACAACGUCUAAAAAAUACAAUGAAUAAUAAAUACAUCACAAGUAUACAACCAAUCAGAAGUGAGUAAAAUGACGCCAACCCGCCUCUUAAUAUCUUUGUCACUCCUUUUCCUGUUCAGCGGGAUUCUGAAAUUGAACGAGUAUCUGAAUCUGAAUAGUCGUCUAGUGAUAAUCAUACU